UGUAUUUAUUCUCUUUCUGUUUCAACUUUCACUAAACACCCCUUCCUCUUUCUUCUUCUCCUCCUCUUUCAUUUUCAUUGUCUGAUCAUCUUUAGGCAACAAAAAUGAAGAAAACUGCUGAUGUUGAUAGUUGGCUGCUCAAAGGGGGUUCUAAUUCAUCUUCAUCUUCUUCCCUCGAGGACACCGGCUGUGUUUAUUCGCAGUUACCAUCGGCGGCAACCGUGAGAGUCACGAGGCGACACAAUAAGGACGAUAAUCUGUCGGAAAUUAGCCUGAAACCGCUGCUCGUGAGGCCUUACGUUAGAUCGAAAAUGCCUCGUUUGAGAUGGACGUCUGAUCUUCACCAGUGCUUCGUGCAUGCAGUUGAACGCUUGGGUGGAGAAGACAGAGCAACCCCAAAGAUGGUGUUACAGAUAAUGGAUGUGAAAGGACUAACAAUCUCGCACGUUAAGAGCCAUCUUCAGAUGUAUAGGAGCACCAAGCAUGAACAGAUGAUGCAAGAAGCGGCUGUUGCAGCAAGGAGAAACGGGGAGGUAUCGGAUCCGAUGAACAUGAACUGCCAACAAAAUCAUCAGUUUAAGGAUCAUGGAGGACCCUUUAAUCGCAAUUCAUUCCAAAGUGUCGGCCUUGGAAUCGAAGGGAUGCCUUCGAGAACCGUAUUUCGGCCGCUACAAUGGUAUGGAAACAAAGGGAGUAACCAGUUAUCAUACAGAGAAUCUGAGCAAACAUCAAAUUCAUAUAUAAUCUUCAAGGAUUUACUCAAAAGUUGCACGAUCCAAGAGAAUAAUGAACAGCCGAACGCGGAGCGGCUACAUGGUGGUGCAAAUUGGAAGUGCAAUCAUCAGGCAGCGACGGAGAGAACAGUGUCCGAUUGUUCGAUUUGCCGAUCAAUUAACUCGAGAGUUUCCGAGACGAUGUUAAGGCAUGGCAAAGCUGAGACCUUAGGUCUCAAUGAUGUUUCUCUAGAACUCACUCUUGCUUGAAAACUAUGUAGAUAAAGAGGACAUAACC